AAGCUGGAUAUAAAUGAGCUGACCAAGAGCAUUUUGCUGGAUGCGAACACUGAUAUUCUAUUGAUGAAAGGAAUGUUUGGCAGAAGCUCCUUGGUGCUUACACAAAAUCCUGAUGAUUUCGAAACUGUUUUUCGUCAUGAGGGAACGUGGCCCUAUCGCAAGGGCUUUGAAUUAGUUCAUUAUUAUCGCACAGUGCAUCGCAAGGAAUAUUUUGGUGAAGUGGUGGGUCUGCUCGGUUCACAGCAUCAGGAUUGGGGUGAUAUGCGCUCGGCUGUAAAUCCUAUCAUCAUGCAUCCCAAGAAUGUCAAACUGUAUUUGGGCUCAUUGGAUCGCAUUAAUCAGCAAUUUAUACAGCGCAUUAAGACUAUACGCAACACUGAAACUCUGGAAAUGCCUGUGGACUUUAAGAAUGAAAUCAGCGCCUGGGCCUUGGAGUCAGUGGGCAUGGUUGCUCUAAACUGUCAGCUGGGACUUAUAGAUAAAACAAAUGCUAAAGGCCAACGCUACUUUGAGCUGCUGCAGGAGUUUCUAGACUUUGCCGUAGCACUGGAGGUCAAUCCCUCGCUGUGGCGUAAAUUCAAGACACCCAAGCUAAGGGCAGCAAUGAAGUCGUUGGAUGAAGGCUUGGAAAUUACAGAUCACUUUAUUAAAUUGGGCAUGCAGCGCAUUAAGCAGAACAGCGAAGGUGAAAAGAGCGUGCUGGAAAAACUGUUGGCUAUAAAUCCGAAGUAUGCCUUGGUCAUGGCUCUGGAUAUGCUGGCUGCUGGUGUGGAUACGACUACCAGCAGCUUUACUGCCAUAUUACUGGCACUCUCCAAGCAUCCAGAGCAGCAGGCGAAGCUGCGUGCCGAAAUACGCAGCAUUCUACCGCAAAAGGAUACGCCAUUUACUGAAGCCUCCAUGAGAAAUUUGCCCUAUUUGCGCGCCUGCAUUAAAGAGAGCCUGCGCCUAUAUCCGUUGACCUUGGCCAACCUACGCACCACACGUCAGGAGCUCGUGCUCAGUGGCUACACAGUGCCCGCUGAAACUGAUGUGAUUAUGAUGCACGUGAAUCUGUGGGCAGACGCGCAGCACUUCUCCCAGCCCGAGCAGUUCAUACCAGAGCGUUGGCUGCGUGAACAGCCCGCUACUGCUGAUGGUUGUCCAGUGGCUACCAAGUCCACUCACCCCUUUGCCUAUCUGCCCUUUGGCUUUGGUCCACGCAGUUGCAUUGGACGACGCAUUGCGGAGAUGGAGCUGGAAAUUGGUGUGGCGAGACUGCUGCGCAACUUCCAGGUUGAAUUUAAUCAUCCGAUGGACAAGCCUUUCAUUGCCUACCAACUGGCCACGCCACGCAUCCCGUUGCAAUUUAAAUUAACUGAUAUAAAGGAUUAAUUAUUGACAGUUGUUUUUUGUAAGAAAGUAUUGAAUUUUAAUUAUAAAUAAUUGCAAUUGGUGGAUC